CUCAGUUGACAAUAGUAUACAAUUAUCAUUGAAAGAUGUCUUUUCACUUUCGGUUUGCCCAAUGUCAAAGGAGUGUAGACACGAAAUAAAGUUGACAUAUCUGCCUGUGAGGUUAGCGUCACUGACCUUUUAUUUACUACAUAGAAAACAGGAAACUAAGUCGGGCACUUGCUCAGGAAUUUCGACGUGCUGGAUUUUUCCUUUUAGUGAACGAGUAUUGUAGCAGAAUACUUCAAGGUUAACAGGCAAUGGUGAUUUUUACCAGCCAUUUGUUCUUAAAAUUUUGAUAUUUUGAAACCUUAAAGACAAAAGUGGAUGACAGGGAUUGUAAAACUGAUCAACUUAAAGGAUUAAGUCACAACGCACAGGGAGGUUUGUCUCACAAUUACUCUCAUUUAGAAACUAAAUCUGAGGCAGACCUACACAAUCAACCAUGUGCUUACUCACAGAACCAUCAUUCCAUGCAGUCACAUGAUGGAAUGUACAACAUGGAGACAGGCUAUAGCCAAUACACAGCAGGCUUUUCCUCGGGGAACACAACAUUUACAUACCAACCCAAAGGGGGCACUCAUUUCUCACCAUGGCCAGCAAAGAAGUUUGUUAUAUUGGUCAUUCAUCCUUGUUCAGCCAACCGGGAACUGGGACCCAGCAAUGUCCCUUUGGGCUCGUGUUCAGCACCUGGAGGGGGAUGUCAUAAAGAGGAUCCAGUCUCAGUAUGGCCAGCACUUCCCUAUUGAGGUCCGCCACUACUGUGCCCAGUGGCUGGAGGAGCAGCCUUGGAGUCAGAUUGAGGAGGACAACCCUGCCCAUGAAGUGUACGCCCACCAGGUACUAUCUGACUUGAUCAAGGCCAUCCAAAUACGGAAAGACGAGUUUCCUAGCAGCAAUGAAAACUUCUUACAGAAGAUGAAGCUACAGGAAACUGCAAACAAACUCCAGACACUGUACAGCAAUUCUCCACUACUGCUGGUCAAGGAAAUCAAAAGCUGUUUGGCUCAAGAGGAAAGAUUUGUACACCAGGCUGAAAAUCCGGUGCAGAACCAGGACACGAUGAACGACCAGCUCAAAUCUACGGAGAUCUACAAACAGAUUGAUGAAAGGUUUGACAGAUGUCAAGAAAAAACACAGACAACAGAGGCUGGUCUGAAACAGUUGCAAAAUCUACAAGAGUCGUUUGUAAUCCAGUUCCAGAACCAGGUCAAGGUGAACGCACAGAUCCAGCAGGUGGAAAAACAGAACAAGGACCUAAAUCUAUAUACGAACGGGGCAGACGGCGGUCCGCUCGCAGAGAGCAUGACACCUCAGCAAUACCAACAGCUUAUUAAAAACAGUGGCCAAAUGGAGAAAAAUUUACGUAAACAGAAGGAGGACCUGGAACGUGACUUGCUCAGUAAAGCAGAGGAACUGCUUCAGUAUCGUCUGAUACUCGCUGAGAAGCUUAGUGAUACAUUUCUUGGACUUGAAGAGCUACAAAAGAUAGUUGUAGAUAAAGCACUCAUCGCAUGGAAACGCAGGCAGCAGUUGUCGGGCAAUGGGGUCAAAUUUGAUACACAGCUGCUGGACAACCUUCAACAGUGGUGUGAAUCCCUGGCUGAGAUGAUCUGGAAGAACCGACAACAGGUCCUUGGUGUGGAGAUCCUCCGUCAAAUGCUUCCAAUAGAUAUUCCUGCUGGUACACCUGACCUUGUCCCAGAACUUAACCAGAAAAUCACUGGUCUUCUUUCCUCUCUAGUGACAAGCACAUUCAUUGUGGAAUCUCAGCCACCUCAAGUUCUGAAGAAAGGGUUACGAUUUACAGCAACCGUCCGCUUACUGGUGGGAGGUAAACUCAACAUCCACAUGUCACCACCCACUGUCAAAUCCUUUAUAAUCAGCGAAGAACAAGCAAUAGCGUUGCUGAAGAACGACACCCAUGCUAAGAGUGAUACAAGUGGUGAGAUCCUCAACAACAAUGGGACAAUGGAGUACCACCAGGCCAAGGGAGAGCUCAGCAUUACCUUCCGUAACAUGUCAUUGAAGAAGAUCAAACGAGCGGACAAGAAAGGCUCAGAAGCAGUAACGGAAGAGAAGUUCUGUGUGCUGUUCCAGUCAGAUUUCCAGAUUGGCAAUGGGGAGCUCAUGUUUCAGGUUUGGACACUGUCACUGCCUGUCGUUGUGACUGUCCACGGUAACCAGGAAUGCAACGCCAUGGCAACUGUUCUGUGGGACAACCAAUUUGCUGAGCCGGGCCGGACCCCGUUCGCAGUUCCAGACUCUGUUCCGUGGUGUCAGAUGGCUGAACUGCUCAAUGGAAUGUUCCAGGCCGCUACUGGUCGUGGGUUGACAGCAGACAAUCUGUCCUACCUAGCCAACAAAGCCUUUGGAGGUCAGAUCAAACCCGGGGAGGACUUCUCACAAAGACUAAUAUCGUGGCCGAUGUUCAACAAGGACGCUUUAUCCGCUCGUAACUUCACAUUCUGGGAGUGGUUCUACAACGUAAUGAAACUGACGGAGGAACACCUCAAAUCUCCGUGGAUGGACGGGUCAGUGAUUGGGUUUAUCAGCAAGAACUCUGCUCAAGAAUGGUUGAUGACCAAACCCAAUGGAACGUUCCUGCUGAGGUUCAGCGACUCUGAGACGGGUGGGAUCACAAUAGCAUGGGUAGCUGAUGAUCCUUCUAAAACAGGAGAGAGGUCUGUUUGGAACCUGGCUCCUUACGGCCGUAAAGAUUUCAUAAUUCGCAGCCUGUCUGAUCGAAUCAAGGACCUGGAUGCUCUUGUUACCCUCUAUCCAAACAUAUCUAAAUCACAAGCCUUUGGGAAAUACUACACAGCUGUAUCAGAAAAACAUAACGAAGUGAAGGAUGGAUAUGUACAAAGCACACUGGUGGCCAGGUUGCCAGACAGUCUAGCAAAUGCAGCACCGAUAGAUUUCAACAAUCCCCAGACUCCUCAAGGCUUACAUCUCAGCCCGGACUCCCCCGUGUACGAACCCAACAGUGUCGGCAUGGCUCAGAAUCACCUACAACCAAUCGAUGAGGACAUGGAUGAUUCCGGUGCAUUUGAUCCGUCGCUGUUGCUGUCGGCAACAAUGACUGACUAUAGUCCUGAUGAUAUCAACGACAUCGAUGACAUAAACAUUGUAGAGUUCCUCAAAUCUAUCUCGCAGAAAAAGUGAAGGGUUUGACUACAAAUUAUACAUGGAUCUGCUGGUUGGAGGAAAUGUGUAGAAUACUUUUAACAACUUUGUACCAUUUAUUUUGAUGUACUGGUACGUCAUAAUAAACAUUUUUAAAACAA